AUGCACCAUUCUCAGCUGGCCCCGCUGCCGAAUGACUUGCCAUUUCGCAUCGUUUCCAAAACAAUUGGUCAGGGUGCUUACGCCUGCAUCAAGAAGGCCGUCCCCACCUACACAGACAAUCCCGUUUUCGCAGUCAAGUUCAUCCACAAAGAGUACGCCGCCCGUCAUGGAAAGGUCAGCCCGCGUCAGCUACAAAUGGAGGCGACAGUCCACAAGCAUAUCGGGGAUCAUAACAAUAUAAUUUCAUUCUUCCAAACUGGGGAAGAUGACAUCUGGCGUUGGGUUGCGAUGGAGCUGGCCGAGGGUGGCGAUCUGUUCGACAAGAUCGAGGCUGACGAGGGCGUUGGCGAGGACAUCGCGCAUGUAUACUUCUCGCAACUGAUAAGUGCCGUGGGUUAUAUGCAUUCGAAGGGCGUGGGCCACCGCGACAUCAAGCCCGAAAAUAUGCUCUUGACAGCCGACGGGAACCUGAAAAUCGCAGACUUUGGGCUAGCCACGUUAUUCGAGUACAAGGGCGUGACGAAGUUGUCUACAACUUUCUGUGGGAGUCCUCCAUAUAUUGCACCAGAGGUGAUAUCUUGCAGUAGCAAACAUAUGAUGAAAGGUGCAGGCUACCGACCGGACCUAGUGGACAUCUGGUCCUGCGGAAUCGUCCUGUUUGUCCUCUUGGCUGGAAACACCCCGUGGGAUAGUCCGACAGAGACCAGUUACGAAUUUCAGGAAUACCUCGCAACAAACGGACGCACAUCCGAUGAGCUUUGGCAGCAAUUGCCUAUAGAGACUCUUUCGCUACUACGUGGAAUGCUGAACAUCGACCCCUCUAACCGCUUUUCUCUGGAGGACGUUCGGAGACAUCCCUGGUAUACCCGACCGAACAAAUACCUAUCCCGAAAUGGCACAUUAAGGGAUCCGAUCAACUUAGCUACAACCAUGUUCGAGUCACUCCAUAUCGACUUUUCCCAAGAUCCUUUCGCUCAACCCCAUGGGGGUAGUUUUGGUGGGGGUCGAAUGGAUAUCGAUCUGGGUGAUGGGAUUGAUGCUGAACAAAGGAUUUCAUCAACGCAGCCGGAGAUGCCGAGGACUGAUAUGCUGGUCGACUGGGAUACCCCGCAAGUGGCGGAUGCGUUCUCAUCAACACAACCCCUGGGGCGACCGUUCUCUGCCGACGACAUGUCGGCCCUCGACCAUCUAGAGGAUGAGCCGUCAAUGUCACAAUUCUCGCCUCAUCCGUCCGUACCCCUGAGUCGGACGCAGAAAGCGCAGCGAUUCCAUGACAUCGUGCCUUCUCGUCCCAUGACACGAUUCUUCUCUACGUGGGAGCUCAAGAUCCUAGUUCCUCUCAUCUGCGAGGCUUUGCAUCGUUUAGGGGUUCCGGUUCCUGCGGUUCCCGCCGUUUCCGCAGGGGACACUUCCGCAAUGCUUCGUAUCGUAACUCGUGAUGGAAGGAUGUGCACUCUGCAGGGUAAAGUCUUGAUCGAAUGUGUCUCCGAGGGCCUAUUCGAGAUCGAGUUCAUGAAGGUGAAGGGCGAUCCGCUGGAAUGGCGGCGUUUCUUCAAGAAGGUGGCCGUGCUUUGCAAGGACGCCGUCUACAAGCCUGACUGCUAG